CUGAAGGUGCCCAGUUAAACUUCACUUUUCUGAAGCAGAGCCCCCAUGCAGCUCCUUGACGUGGGCGAAGACCUUUCAGGCCACAUGCUGAACACCUUAGCCAAUGAGAGGCGAGACGGGCGUAAAUACUUUAAAGGGACUGUUUGUAGACUCAGAAGCGAAAGCGAAGUGAGAACGACAGGAAGCAGAGGAGGAGAGAACUAACCUGCCCGAGAACCUCUAAGAUAGCAUCUGUGGAGGGUGUUUUCCCUUGUUUAGGAUUCAUUAUUCGUGCACUAGUUGCACGUAAAAGGCUUAAAAGAAUCCGGGCCAUUUCUAAGUCCGGAGAGUUUUGACCGUCGGACGCUGCUUGCUGGAUUUUAAGCGGAUAACAAGCAAAGAUAGAGAUGCAUUUACUCAGCAUUCUGCUGCUAAUGUUGUGGGAUUUGUCACGGGGGGUUCCUGUCCCAGUAGAUACAGUCAUACUGCAGGUGCAGCAGUGGGGCGUGGUGGGUUAUCAGAGGGUCAGCAUGCAGGUCCUCCUCAAUGGUGUCCCUCCAGCUGGCACAAGUCGGGAAGUUGACAAAAUUAUCAAAACCAUGUCAACAAGUACACUCCUUCCAGCUCUUAUCGGCGCCAACCACACAUCUGUUCUGAGAAACCACACUGUGCUGCGUUCUCGUGAAUGCUUGCAGGAAGGGUCUCAGCUGCACUGGGCCGAUCGUGUGUUCUGUGAUGAGAAGCUUUGUCUGACUCUGGACUACACUGACACAUGGAGAUCUGAAAUACCACAAGCACUGUCCCUUAAAUUGUUGUGGGACCAGGAAGUGCUGCGCACAAGAAUGGAAAGGAUUCGCCUUCAGGAGGGAUGCAUGGAGCUAAUGAAAGAACUGAGCCUUUCUCAGGAGCAGCCUGUUUCAGGGAUUCCUUUGCCUCAGCUUCUGAUCCCUGUCUUGGCAAUCCUGGCAUUUGGUGGACUUAUUGUAAUCAGCCUCCUUCUCUCAAAGAACCAUGGUUUGAGGCACCCUGGAGGAGUAAUUGGCUCAAUCAUACAUUAUCCUCAGGACAUGACUGAAAUGCCUUCGCAGAUAAAGUCAACUGGUUACCACACCUUGUGAUUCAAAGCUCCAUCUGACUGACUGCUCAUGUUUGAGAUCUCUGCACCACUUUUAGUGUUGAUGGUCCCCCUCAUGAUAAACAUUACUCUUCUGUAUAUGGGCUCUAUGAAUCUAACCAAAGCUUUGUUGCAGUGCCAACGGUCCACUGUAUGACACACAUGGGCACUGGGUCUAAGUCAACAUUAUUUCAAACACUUUAAUACAUGCACACAACUUGGACAUCCGUUUUCUAGUAUAUGCUUUAUAUAACUACACAUAAACACAUGUGCUUUUAGAUAUAAAUAUAUGAAAAAAUCUUGUUUUUGUGCUUUUAAUAACUGCAGGCAGAUGUUUUCAGUAGUCAUAGUUUCCAACUAUUCAAGUGAACAAUGGGGAUAAAAAUGUAUUGCUAACAUGUUCUGUCUCAAGUGUUUACAGUAUCUGCAAAGAAAGACAGAGAUUGAAAUUAUUUGUCUUGCAGCCUGCAGAUAAAGCCCUGCUGAAAUUCAGUGCUUUGUUUUACCAGUGGUUGUAUAUUUUCAUAUUUUAUGUGAUGUUUUCACUGAAUGUAACACUUUGUUUUUACAUGUUUGUUGAUGUAAUAUUUAUAGAAUUGAUUAAUUAAAGAGACUUUUAAUUAAACUGUU